AAAUGUCCAAGCUUCAUCGCGCGAAACGGACGAAAAUCUUAACUUUACCAGGACCAUAUGCAUGCCGUAUGGGAUAACUUGUAUGACAUUGCACCUCCGGCAGCACUAUUGCAUGGUAAACGGACCCAAGGCUUGGCACAUAUGCCCAGGCCCUGUCCAAGUCGCCAACUUGAAGUCCGAAGGAUCGGACAACUUCAGUCACUCAGAUUGCUCAUUGUCUACAUAUUCUGCCACAGUCCGACGCAGUCCGUGCGGGAUACUAUCUUACAAUGCAUGACUGUUCGGCAGCCGACCAGAUGAACGAGCAAUCUGAAGCUAACUCACCGUCUCUGUCACUUGAUCAUUCCUACUACAAUGUCCCUCCCUAAGAACACUACCGUACUUAUUGUCGGCGCAGGCCCCGCAGGCCUCACAGCUGCUCUUUCUCUUGUCCACCACGGGUGUCAUGACUUCGUUAUCGUGGAUGCCAUAGUCGAAGGACAAAAUUCAUCUCGGGCUAUUACUAUACACUCUGCAACCGUCGAGGCUUUAGCCAGCAUCGAUGCAGUGGAUGGCUUACUGUCUCGAGCCAUCAAGGGCAAGAGCAUCAGAAUCACAUCCCGUAGUUCACAGAUCUUUGAGGCCAAAUUCGACCCUCUGAAGAAACAUUCCGUCCACCCAUACGCGCUCUUCGCCCCUCAGAAUGUGACAGAGCUUGUACUCGGGCAGAAGUUGCAGAGCCUUGGGGUUCAGGUGCAGCGUCCGCACAGGGUAGUUGGAAUGAAACAGAACGACAAGGACCCUCGCAUCACCGACGUCUCGUUUGAGGACGGUCAAGUCGUUAAAGCUAGAUAUAUCAUCGGCGCAGAUGGCGCCCGCUCAAUUAUUCGUACCAUCGCCGGCAUAGGGUUCUCUGACCCAGAAGGCCCAGACCUAGUCGAUAACGUACUGGCUCAAAUGGUCGCUGCAGAUGUUACUUUCGAGCCUGAGCCUGUCGGUCCAUUAUUCUCAGAGGGCCACCUCAAUGGCACAGUUUCCUCAGGCAGUUUCUUCCUGCUUACACCGUUCGGCAACCACUUCAAUGCCGAGCUCACGCGAGAUGGAAAGCCCAUUACGAAAUCUAUUUUCCGUGUAGGUUGCGCCAUUCCAGUGAAGAACGGAGAGCCACCCCGUGCUCCGCCGAAGGAGUACCUCCAGGACUUGAUCAACACAUACGGUCCAUCGUCCAUAACAUCAGAUCCAUCCCUUAACCCAACACCUGUCAAGAUCGACCAGGUGGUCUGGUCAACACGUUUCAGAACCCAUUCAGCCAUUGCCGACCGCACCUUCACGCGUUUUGGCGCUGCUAUUCUCCUAGUCGGCGACGCAGCCCAUAUACAUUCACCUGCUGGCGGCCAGGGCAUGAACCUGGCCAUCAGGGACGCGAUCUUCCUUGCAGAUGCUGUCACAAAGCACAUCCAAGCGUCUGCAGAGAAUCCCGAUGUAGAUGAUACCAUUUUGCAGGAAUUUGCGGACACGCGUCAUGCGCGAGCGAUGGAGAUCAUCGGUUUCAGCAAGACACUUUUGAAACUCGCAAGUCUUACAUACGAAGCAUAUGCUUGGUGGAUGCCGUUCAGUGGGGCUUUUAUCCGUGAUUUGAUGCUAAGAAUGUUGGGCAGAUUUGAUUUCGUGCAGUCGAGGGUUGCGUGGGGUCUGAGUGGGCUUGGAAGACGGUAAUCGCAUAGUUUUUGGAUGGUUUGGUCACUGCAUUUUGUGUAAAUUUUGUAAUAAUACGCAAGACGUUCCGGGGUGCUGGCGCACCAAGUCCCCG